AUGUCAAAAAGCAGUGAUCAAUUGGUAUUGGAAAGGCGUUUGAAGCCAAUUUAUGAUGCAAUCGAUGCUGGUAAUAACAAGAAAGCAAUUCAAGAGGCCGAUAAAGUUCUUAAAAAACAUCCUGCAACACAUACGGCUAAGGUUCUGAAAGCGUUGGCACUGAUUCGAAGUGAUAAACAAACAGAAGCAUGGCCGCUAAUAGAUGAGGUUGAAUCGAUGAAAGAGGAGAGCAUCGACGAGAACACCCUGCAGGCGAUGUGUCAUUGUUUUAAGGAAGCGUAUACACCCGAACGAAUCAGUGCGUUGUAUGAACGUAUCUGUUGUAAAUUCCCAAAGAAUGAACAAUAUCGAACGCAUUUGUUUAUGAGUUAUGUGAGAACCAGAAACUAUAAAUUACAACAGAAGACAGCGUUGGCGUUGUUCAAAGAGUUUCAGCGUAAUCCAUAUUAUUUCUGGAAUGCGAUUUGUGGUGAUGAGAAAUUGGCGAAAACGAUGCUGUAUCCGUUGGCUGAGAAGAUGGUUGUGAAAAUGAUGCAGUCGAAUUCGAUACAGGCCGAGGCUGAAUGUAAUUUGUAUGUGCUGAUUCUGGAGAGGGAAGGAAAGUACGAAGAGGCAGCGCGAUUUCUUGAAUGUAAUCAGUUUCAACCGGAUCAUUUUCUAUUCUAUCGAAUUUUGUCGUUGCAUCAAAAAGCCGAGAAUCAUUUGCUUGUAGUGGAAAAGUGCAUCUCGGAACUGAAAAAUGAACCGGACGAUUGGAAUCUAUGGAAAUAUUUAUUCGAGUCGGCUUUUGCGCAUAUGAGCCAAGAGUUGUGCACGGAUGAGGAGAAAAAUAAGAACUCGAUAGAGACGGGUGAUAAUCAUAAUGUAAAGGCGGAGAAUGUGCGAUGGGCCGAGAUCAUAUUGAAUCGUGUCAAGAGGGCACUGGGCUUGCAUUCGACAAUGUCGAAUAGGGAGAAGAGACAGUUGUGUGCCGAGUUGAUUAAGGUUGUUGAAGAAUGCUGCGCGCAUUCGGAUCUGACGGCAGCUGCUUAUGCGCAGAUUGGUGCGCAUUUAUUGUGGGAUAUUUUUGUGGAAGAGGAUGAUAUGAGUGCGAUGUACGAGUUGAUUCUAUUGAUGGAGUGGAUGCACUCACGGCACAAAUCCGAUCCGUUGUGUCGUCUGGUUCUGUGCAAGGCAUACGCUCUGAUCGGUGCAACGGCGCAGAUACAGAUCAUCAUGCAGUCUUUGGACGUGAAGAAUGUUCAACGCGAUACGUUGGGGUAUUUGUUGUUCGGUUUGUUGGAACAGUAUGGACGUUUCAAUGCGGGUAUUAUUUAUUACACCGAACUGAGUGUUUUCUUUGAUCAAACUGAGAGGGAGAUAUCGGAAUGUUUGACGACGGCGUAUAAGAACGGUAAUUUUGUACAAGUGCCUCGACUGGUGGAAUUAUUAUCAAAGAUGACGAAGUCGAUAAUUGCGGUUGGAGCGGAUAUCGAGAGUCGUGCGUUGAGCGGGUGUUUUGUGGUCGAGAAAUUGGAUCAUCUAGUGGAGACACUGAGGGGGGAUCAACAGCCAAUAGAUUUUACGAUGAUUGAGGAUAAUCGAGAUCUAAAUGUUAUCCCAUCAUUGGAUAGUGGUAAUCCAACUGAACUGAUUGAAAAGGUUAAACAACGCUCUUAUUUCGAACAGGUAGAUUCGAUGAAAUUACGUGAUUUGUUAUUGAAAUGUGUUGCGGGUAUAGCAUCUGAUAAUAGUGCUGAUAGCAGCAAUAAUACUAAUAAUAAUAAUAAUGAUAAGGCUUAUUCAACGUCGAAUUUGACUUCAUUGUUGACUCAACUUAAAAAGCAUUCUGAACAUUGUCAACAGACGUACAGCAAUGAGGCACUUGAUGAGAUUCAACUGUUACAAUCGCCACCUUCACAAUGUCUGAACAUUAUCGUGAACGGUUCGCAUAUACCUCUGAUCCUGAAAUUGCUUUCGUCAGCAGUCGACGUGAUGAAAUGUUGCGACGAGGGAAAUCAUCAAACUUCUAAAGGUGCACGUAAACAUAGUUCAGCUGCACUCGUGCAAAUCGCCGAGAUUCGUUCAGUGAUCAACAAGGGUAUCAGAUUCGUUGACGAUUUGUUGGUGAAAUAUCAGAACGAGUUGAAUGCGGACGAGUUGAUACCGGAAAUAUCUGAAGAUUUCUGCAGUGAGGAUUUUACAAAAAUUUUGCUCUCCCAAAAAGCAAACGUAGACUCGGCAAUAGUGGCGUCCUAUGCGUUAUCAUUAUCGGAUAUGCGUGAAACUAUAGAGCGCCUUCUGAAUCCCAAAUGGACAUAG